GAGCGAGGAAGAGAGAAUCGCACUAAAUUAAUUCCACACAGUUCAUUUUAAUAGCAUUCAUGAGUAAUUGCAUGCAACGAAAGCCACCGUCGAGAGAGGACAGAAGCCAUUAUUUAUUUAUUUAAUUCCCCGUCUGGAGUUUAGGUAUUGCUCCCCCCAGUGCACUCAAAGCCCAGUUGCCCCGCCAGCUCAGGAGGCUCAGUCGGUGUCUCUUGUCGCUCUGCAGAGGACAUGGCGAGAGUCAAGUCUGCCAGCCUGGGGUGGUGCUCUCAUUACUCUUCACGUUUGGCUUCUGGCAAAAACCGCUCCAGGGAUCUUCCUGAAGCAUCUCAUACAUAAUCUAAAUAUUCUGAACACAUCUGAACCUGACGUCUGCUGGUUAUGAGUAUCAAGAGAUACAGAACCUUUAGGCAGAAAACAAGAUGAUCUCUGGAGAUGGUUGCAGAAAAAUGAUCUGCUUCCUGCUGUUCUUGGCAAGUCUGGCAAUGGCAUUGGCUGAAUCAUCACUGCCAUGUCCCUCAAGAUGUGAAUGCGUAUCUGAACAGAGGACUGUUCAGUGUGCACGGAAACGCCUGACAACAGUACCCAUGAAGAUCCCCAUGAACACUGAGGUCUUAGACCUUAGCAAAAAUCGACUGAAAACCCUGGGCCUGGAUGAAUUUUCAGAAUUGUCACAACUUAAAGAUCUAUAUCUAAGUGAAAAUUACAUUUCCACAAUUGAACCAGGGGUCUUCAGGAACUUACUUAGCCUCAGGACUCUACAUUUAAGGAAUAACCGGCUUAAGAUUCUCCCAGUUGGGGUCUUUGCUGGCCUCACAAACCUUAGAUUCCUGGACAUCAGUGAGAAUGAGAUACUUGUUUUGUUGGAUUACACAUUCAAAGAGCUUUCUAACCUAAGGCAGUUAGAAGCUGGGGAAAAUGAUUUGGUUUUUCUUUCCCAUCAGGCAUUCAGUGGAUUGCACAACCUUCAAGAGCUAACUCUGGACAGGUGCAAUUUGACUUCAGUCCCAACUGAAGCCCUUGCACGUUUGCCAAGUCUUUCCAUACUGCGAUUUAAGAGGAUUCAACUCAAUAUUGUAUUGAACCAUUCAUUUCGUAGGCUUCAUCGUUUGAGGACUCUGGAGAUUGCACAAUGUCCAUAUUUGGAUACUUUUGGCCGCAACAGCCUCAUAGGUCUUAACUUGACCUUUUUAUCCAUAACAAGCUGCAACCUGAGUUCUGUUCCAUAUAUGGCUCUCCGGCACUUAGUCUACCUUCGUUUUCUUGACCUCUCAUAUAAUCCAAUUUCAGUCAUCAAGGGAAGCCUUUUAAGCGAUCUCCUUAGACUUCAGGAAUUACAUCUUUCAGGGGGGAGCCUGGUGAAUAUUGAGCCUGGAGCUUUCCGUGGCCUUUCUUAUUUCAGACUUCUCAAUGUUUCCACUAACCUCCUGCCUACACUUGAGGAGAAUGUUUUCCACUCUGUUGGUAACCUGGAGACACUUCGUCUCGAUGGAAAUCCCUUAGCUUGUGACUGCCGUCUUCUCUGGAUCAUUCGCAGGCGACUCCGUUUGAAUUUUGAUAAUCAUCAGCCCACAUGUUCCUCUCCAGAGACAGCCCAAGGUCGGGAAUUUAAGGACUUUACAGAUGUUGUCCUUCCAGGAUAUUUCACUUGUACAAAAGCUAAAAUAGUAGAUUUAAAGCUCCAGGAGUUCACGGUGGAGGAAGGAAGUACAGUUGUCUUUUCUUGCAAGGCCGAAGGGGAUCCGAUUCCAAAUAUUUCUUGGAUAUCACCUCAAAGGGCACGUCUUUCUAGCAGUGGUAGAAUCAGAGUUCUAUCUAAUGGCAGUCUAGAAGUACGAUAUGCCCAAGUUCAAGAUGGAGGAAACUACAUUUGUGUGGCCAGCAAUGCUGCUGGAAAUGAUACCCUUUCGGUCCUGUUGCUAGUACAAGGGUUUUCAAUUCCUCAGCCUGGUUUUCCAAACCACAAUGCUUCUGCCCAAGCCUCACGUCCAUUCCCUUUUGAUGCCAAAACUCUCAUUAUUGCCAUGACCAUGGGUUUCCUCUCCUUCCUCAGCUCAGUGGCAAUCUGCUUUGUCUUCAUGUUUUUCUGGAGUCGGGGCAAAGGCCAGAUUAAACACAAUGCCACAAUAGACUUUGUGCCCCACAUUUCAGGAGGGAGUGGGGGAGGAGGUGGAGGUGGUGGAGAUGGGGCUGAAGGAGGGAAGUUCACCAUGAAACUGAUCUGAAGUAUGAAACAAAGACAAUAUGGGAGAACGUGAUGCUUUAUGUUGGGCUUAAGUGACACAGAUCUCAUGAAGCAUUGUUACUGGGAUCUACCAAAGUAAAUCCAAUGAAAAAAUUCUAAUAACUCUUUCAUGAAGGUAUUUCGGAAAGACAUAAAUACCUCCAUAUCUACCUAUGCAUAAAAUAAUGCAAAUGCAGUUUCAAAGUGCCCUCUUCUGUCACACAGUAAUGAAAAUAUUGUAACAGCUACAAACACUCAAUUUACAUUUUUUAAUAUUUUUAUCUAAGUAAUAAUUGUAGAGGGAUAUUGAUAUUGUUUAUUUAAAAAUGUUGAAGCAUGCACAUUUUAAAAUUACAAAAUACUUCAUAUGCUUAAAUUUUAUACACAGAAAUACAGAUAUUGAAGAAUGACUUGAAACUUCUAGAAUUAAAUAAGGUGCGACAUGUUGACAAUGUGACCUUGUGGAUGAAUAUUUCAGAUGGCAUGAACUCCUUUCAUUAGUUGGUGGGGUGGCAUCAGAUAUAAAACAUAUGUUCAGGCCAAAGUUGUAAAAUGGUUAGAACAGCAGCCUUACAGCUCCAGGGAUUUGGGUUUGAUUCCCAGCCCCUUCACUAUCAGUGCUAUGUAAGUUUCCACAUUCUCCUUGGGACAGUUUGCGUUUUUUCUGAGUUCUCUUGUUGGUUUCCACAUCCAAAAGGUGUCUGGUUGUUUGGUGUUUCUAAAUGAGCCCCAUAAAAAUUUGAACUUCACAUAUAUUGAAUAUGCUCAUAUUGGAACUAGUAAAGAUAUCAUCACAAUGUUUAUUUAAAAAAUAGUGUGAAUCAGCAGCUUCCCUUGAGCUUAAUGCUUACCUGCAUUAAAAUUAGCUGAUGUCCUUUCCAUAGUUAAUUCCUACAUUUUGAUUCAUGCUGAAGCAAUAGACCUGCAACAAAAAAGAUUAGUUUACAAAGUGGAUAGGUAUCUGGACUGUAUGAAGCUGAGGUAACCGGUCAAGACCGUAGCCUGCAUGAUUUGUUUAGUGCCGCUAUACUACACAAGAUUCAAAUUUAAAUGUGGCAUUUUAGACGUGAAAAUGUCAACAAAUCCAUUAUAGGACCAAGUGAAAGAAAAGCAAUUAUGUUGAGACCUUAUCUCGUUUUUCCUACAGGAACAUCUUUUUAAUUUUAUCUCCUGCCUGGUUGAUUUUGUAAGGUACUAGCAAAGACCAAAACAACAAAUAAUCUACAGAGCAAGAUUAAUUUUUUUAAAAGUUAGAUUUUAA